AUGUGGCCAGAUGUCCAAGUGGAUGAGUUACAACCUCCAACAUAUAAAAAUGGACAUGGUAGACCAAGAAAGGUUAGGAUACGAGAAUGUGGUAAGAAAUGUGCAAGGAAGAGAAGACCUGGGGUGGCCUAUAAGUGCACCAAAUGUGAUAAAUUUGAUCAUAAUACAUUGACAUGUAAUAGCUUGACACGGGACCCUAAUGCAUUAAAAAUAAAGAGGAAACCUAAAGUUGAGAAAAAUCCAGUUAAUGUAGAGGAUAGUGUUAUGCCAACUGAUGUAGAGGCCACUGUUGUGCCAAUUGAUGUAAAGACUACUUCUAUGCCACCUGAAAACAAUCCAAUUAUGCAGACUCAAGUAUCAACUGUUAUGCCACCUGAAAACAAUCCAACUAUGCAGACUCGAGUAUCAACUGUUAUGCUAACUGUGCAGAGUCAAACUGAAUCUUGUGUUGUAGACACAAGUCAGUCACAAGCAAAAAAAAGAAAGAAAAAAAUCAGUCAUUAA